AUGUUCCCAGUGGUCCAUGACAGAGAAAUCCCCAAACAACACACAGUCUUUGCUAGCUUUACGGACCUCUCCGAGUUCAAGCAUCUAGGUGGCGUGGAUGAUAAGGGUGUGUUGGCACCUGAGGGCAAAAUCAUCAUCAAGACGGUAACCUCCUAUCUAAGGGACCUUAAAUUGCACAGAUACGCCCAACAUUUCGUGGAAUGUACCAGACAUUCUAAAACGUCCACGAAAGCCCAACUGGUCAAAAUUCUCCCCAAGCAAUAUCCAGAAUUGAAAAACCUCACAGCAAAGAUACAGGCCAUUGCAAGUUUUAUAUUCACUCUGAAUAAGAACUUUGAUCAACCGUCUCGUUCCUCAAAUGUCCUAACAAUGACCAGUGACCCGGCUCGCCUGCGAAACGCCGUCACAUCUAAUGUCUGGUUAGAUUUGUUUAAGAAAGGCUCACUACCAAACCGAGGAAAUGGAGUUUUCGCUAUGCAGAGGCACACGAAAGGUCAGGUGGUCAUUGAUAAUGGCGGACAUUAUCUUUCCGGCAAGGAGGGGGAUGCCAAAUAUUAUGCAGGCUCUGAUGGAGGCAUGGGCUACAUGAUUAAGUUUCGGUUUGGUGACAAGUGGCACUACAGAGAUGCUUCCACGGACGACGGCCACAUGGGGCGGCUGAUUAACCACAGCGCCUGUUGCCCCAACGUCAAAGGUAAUCCCAUUGAUAUCUUUGGGGAUGGCAAACCGGUCAUAGUCUACACAGCAACCAAGCGGCUGGUAACUGGUCAAUUACGUCGUUAUCGAUAA